AUGGUGAAAAGAGGUGGCACCAAGAGGAAGAUUCCAAUGGAGAAGAUAACGAAGAAAGAAUCACUAGCGACUGCUUUCUCCAAACGAAGUUACGGACUUUUCAGUAAAGCUUCGCAACUCUGUCUUCUCUCCGACGCACAAAUAGCCGUUUUAGCUACUCCUCCUUCUUCGAAUUCCAAUGUCUCCUUCUUCUCCUUUGGCCACUCUUCCGUAGAUUCUGUUGUCUCUGCUUUUCUCAAGGGAAAGCGUCUUCCUCCUGUGGCUCGGGAAGAGACGAGGGAGGAAGACAUUGGUGUUUGCUUGGCUCGCAAGGAUCUGGGUUUAGGGUUGUGGUGGGAGGACGAGGUUCUUGCCCAAUCGGAGAAUCCUCAAGAAUUGAUGGACGCUAUGAACUCCAUGUCGAGUCUGUUGAGAAAAUUUAAGGAGUUGCGAUGUGUUGGAUCAAACCCUAACUCGGAUCAAACCCUAAUUCGUCAAUUGGGCAACGAGAAGAGUGAGCCGGAUCAAACCCUAAUCCCUGAUAGUGCUUUACCUGCGAGUUUCAACGAGAUGACUGAAGAACAGAGUCAGGUAAGCUCUAACUCGGAUCAAACCCUAACUCGCCAAUUCGACAACGAGAAGAGCGAGCCGGGUCAAACCCUAAUCCCCGAUGAUGAUUUACCUGCGAGUUUCAACGCGAUGACUGAAGAGCAGAGUCAAAUAGUUGCGAUUUGUGAAAGCUUUUGCGGUACGGAGGAGAAGAAUAACAUUAACAACAACAACGACGACGACAAGGGUUUAACUGGGAGCUUGGACGUUGGAUUCGAUCAAGAGGUGGAUAUUGAUCAGUUGAUAGAUUUCGACAUGGCUUUUGAUACUUCAGUCUUCGAUGUUUGCCUCUUGGAGAGUACUCAAGAGGAGACUACGGGAAGUCUUUUGAUCAAUUCUGAUCCGAUCUCUGUUUCUCAAGGUUUUGAAGAAGACGCUAUGCUGCAUCAGACCAGAGCUUUGGAUCAAGAUUCUCUACGCUUCUCUGAUUUUUACAACACCAUUGCUGCAGUUUGA